AUGGCGUCCAUCGACACAGGCGGCAAGGACGAGAAGCAGAGCACUGCGCACGGUGGACCCAAGCAUGGAGUCCGUCGACGCAGGCUCGGCCCGGCGGUGCUCCUCCUCCACGGCUUCCCGGAGCUGUGGCUCUCGUGGCGCCACCAGAUGGCCGCCCUCGCGGCCCGCGGCUUCCGCGCCCUCGCCCCCGACCUCCGCGGCUACGGUGACUCCUCUGCCCCCACGGACCCCGCCGCCUACACCGUCCUCCACCUCGUCGGCGACGCUGUCGCGCUCCUCGACCACCUCCGCCUCCCCAAGUGCGUGUUCGUGGUGGGCCACGACUUGGGAGCGCAGGUGGCGUGGCAUCUCUGCCUGCUCCGGCCGGACCGGGUGCGCGCCGUCGUCGUCCUCGGGGUGCCCUACUUCCCACGUGCCGCUCGCCCGGCGACGGAGAUCUUCGCGGCCCUCGGCGAUGGGUUCUACAUCACGCAGUUCCAGGAGCCUGGAAGGGCUGAAAAGGCAUUCACCCGCUAUGACGUCGCGACUGUCCUAAAGAAGUUCUACUCAAUUGAAUUAGACAGCAUCACCGCUCCUCCUGGAGUAGAGAUCAUAGACUUCUUAGAGGCAUCAUCAUCAUCCCCACUUCCUUGGAUGACUGACGAAGAACUAGGCCAGUACGCGGAGAAGUUUCAGAAGUCUGGUUUCACCGGGCCGCUCAACUACUACCGCAUGAUGGACACGAACUGGAGGCUCACUGCGCCAUGGCAUGGCGCGAAGAUCACGGUGCCUGCGAAGUUCAUCGCGGGCAAGAAGGACACCGGCUUCGAGUCCUUUGGAACCAAGCGCUACGUCGAGAGCGGGGGUUUGAAGUCCAAUGUUCCAGACCUUGAGGUUGCCAUCAUCAAAGGACACCACUACCUCCAGCAAGAGCAGGCCGAGAGAGUGAACACUGAAAUAUUGUCCUUCCUUGACAAGUUCAGUAAGAAUUGAGUAAGCAGA